GUUGAGGUGAGUUUGUGUGUGUGUGUGCAUGUGUGUGUGCGUGCAUGUGUGUGUGUGUGUGUGUGUGUGUGUGUGUGUGUGUGUGUGUGUGUGUGUGUGUGUGUGUGUGUGUGUGUGUGCACGCUCAUCCAUGCUGUAAAUGGAUUGCUAAUGAAGAACGUCUCAGGUGAAGCCCCAAAAAGGUAAGAGAGGAAAUAAAGGAGUGAGAGCCAGGUAAAAGGAGAAGGUAAAAAUAGAUGGUGAAAAAAUACAGACCUGAAGGAGGGGCAGAGAUGGAUGGGAGAAGGAAAGGUAUGUGAUAGAAGGAGGCAUCGAGAAAAAAGAUCAUAGGAGAGGAGAAGCUCUGGUAAGAAUUUCAGCACCAAUUAAAGAAAAUAGCAACGGAAUGAAAGAAGGAUUCAGUCGGUGUGCUACUCUUCUGUUAACAUCCAGUAACUCUAUCUGUUAUAUACUGUAAUGACUUCCUAGUGAUACGACACACACACAGACACACACAUCUAAUGAGCACUCGUGGGCUUUUACACAAUACUGGAUCUACUCUGAGUUGUUUGAAGAAGCGCAGAAGAGAUCAGUUUGAAGAAUCUGCUUUGAUCAAGAUCUGUGAACUCUUUUGCACGACAUCGGCCACAGCAGCUAUGCACCUGUUACCUCUUCUGCUCUUCUUGACUAUGACCCUUCAGUUUGGUUUCAUUAUGGGUGGAAGAGCUCAACGCAAACAGAGGCAGGCAGAAGAGAAGUUGAGGCCAUACCUGGGCAGAGUGGAUCCAGAAUCACUGUGUCAGUUGUUAAAAUGUCACAGUCCUAUUGGUUCCUGGUGCCAGGUAGUGGAAGACAGAGGCAUUCUUGUCCCAAAGUGUGUGUGUCCAAAGACUUGUCCUCGGCAGGGGGCACCAGUGUGCAGUGUUUUAGGCAAGAUGUACAGCAAUGAGUGUCUGCUUCACAAGGAGGCCUGUCGUAAAAAACGACGCAUUGGCAAAGCACACACCGGAGCAUGUCUGGUGAGUGCGUCACAGUGCACUGAGGAUGAGAUGGGGCAGUUCCCUUAUCGUCUCCUCGACUGGUUCUUACUUCUCAGCAGAAUGGGAGAGAGAUACACACCGGCUGCUCCAUCACAAAGCUGCCUGACACAUACACAGCGAACCCAGCUCGCACAGACGAGGUUUGAUCUGCUGGAUCGUAACAGGGAUGGCAAGUUAAGCAGGAGAGAUCUGAGGAAGCUCCAUUACAAGCGGAUGCCACUGGAGCACUGCGCACACCGAUUCUUUCAGUCAUGUGACAAAAACAAGAAUAAGAAGGUGACCCUGACAGAAUGGACUUCAUGUCUGGUUAACCGGUCGGAGCGCUGGUUUCAGGAUUUCAUGUCUAUGAAGAUGGGCUCACCAAAGCUGUGUCCUGUCCAAGACAAUAACCUUUGAUUUCAGAUGUUUUUGGGUGACUUCAUGUAUUUCUGAUCCGGACCACUGCUGAAUCUUUCGUCCAAAUAAACGAUUCUUCUAAAGCUUCA